UUUGACAGCUCUGGGACAUCUGGUGGGGAGAGGAAGCUAAUGCCAACAAUCGAAGAGGAGCUAGACAGAAGAUCACUCCUCUACAGUCUCUUGAUGCCUGUGAUGAGUCAGUUUGUUCCUGGUCUCGACAAAGGCAAAGGGAUGUAUUUCUUGUUCAUCAAGUCCGAAUCCAAGACACCUGGAGGCCUCCCUGCUCGUCCUGUCUUAACCAGCUACUACAAAUCUUCCCAUUUCAAAGAAAGACCUUACGACCCUUACACCACCUACACUAGCCCCAACGAGACCAUCCUUUGCCCUGACUCUUACCAGAGCAUGUAUUCUCAGAUGCUCUGUGGCUUAUGCCAACACCAGGAGGUUCUUCGAGUCGGAGCUGUCUUCGCCUCUGGAUUCAUCAGAGCCAUCAAGUUUCUUGAGAAGCACUGGACCGAGUUGGUCCGUGACAUCAGAACCGGUACUCUAAGUGCCCUGAUCACCGAUCCUUCAGUGCGUGAGGCUGUCGCCAAGAUCCUUAAACCUAGCCCAAAGCUCGCUGAUUUCGUGGAAUUUGAGUGCAAGAAAUCGUCUUGGCAAGGGAUUAUCACAAGGCUGUGGCCUAACACAAAGUAUGUGGAUGUGAUCGUGACUGGGACAAUGUCUCAGUACAUUCCAACUUUGGAUUACUACAGCAACGGCUUGCCUCUUGUCUGCACAAUGUAUGCUUCUUCCGAGUGUUACUUUGGUGUGAACCUCAGGCCACUCUGCAAACCCAGCGAAGUCUCUUACACGCUCAUACCAACCAUGGCUUACUUCGAGUUCUUGCCUGUUCAUAGAAACAACGGUGUGACUAACUCAAUCAACCUUCCUAAAGCACUCACUGAGAAAGAGCAACAAGAGCUUGUUGAUCUAGUUGAUGUUAAGCUCGGUCAGGAGUAUGAGCUUGUCGUCACCACUUACGCCGGCCUUUGCAGAUACAGAGUUGGUGAUUUGUUGCGAGUGACUGGUUUCAAGAACAAAGCGCCUCAAUUCAGUUUCAUAUGUCGCAAGAAUGUGGUCUUGAGCAUAGAUUCCGACAAGACCGACGAGGUUGAGCUUCAGAACGCGGUCAAGAACGCAGUGACACACCUCGUUCCAUUCGAUGCCUCGCUCUCUGAGUACACAAGCUAUGCAGACACAAGUUCUAUCCCCGGUCAUUAUGUCCUGUUUUGGGAACUAUGUUUGGAUGGAAACACACCGAUCCCUCCUUCGGUCUUUGAGGAUUGCUGCUUAACCGUAGAAGAGUCACUCAGCACUGUUUAUAGACAAGGAAGGGUUAGUGACAAGUCCAUAGGCCCGCUAGAGAUCAAGAUUGUUGAGCCAGGAACGUUUGAUAAACUCAUGGAUUAUGCAAUCAGCCUGGGAGCAUCGAUUAAUCAGUAUAAGACACCGAGAUGUGUGAAGUUUGCUCCGAUCAUCGAGCUAUUGAACUCAAGGGUUGUUGAUAGUUACUUCAGCCCCAAGUGUCCUAAAUGGGUUCCUGGUCACAAACAGUGGGGAAGUAACUAAGAUCAAGGAAUGUGAAGAAGAGACUCUCUUUGAGGUAGAAGGAUUGGGACUUGCAAAUGAUGUCUUCUCUAAUUUUAAUGUUAGUUUAAUUUUUAGUUCUUUGUUUUGUUUUUUUUAGUAAUGCUUUUCAAUAUGCAUAGUCCCUCUGGAUUUGAAAACCAGUUGUACAAAAGGCAAAAUCAUGUUUUCUCCAACCAAAUCUAUGUUCUUCUCUCCAUCA